AUGAAAACAAAAAAUGAUAAUUGGAGUGGUUCGCGGGGAAUCCGUUUAAUGGAUUUCAUUAAAUGUCCGUUGAGUUACCAUACCAAUUUUAUUAGUAUGGUUUUAUUUAUAGUUGGUAGUACGUUUUUUAUUUUUGAUUUAUUAUAUGUUACGGGAUGUAUUAUUUUUGCAAUUGCAUCAGCAAUGUGUUUCUAUAGUAAUGUAAUAGGAGCAUAUACAAUUGGGUCAGAAAAUAAAAAGGAGUUUUAUGGAUAUAUAAAUUAUUCGCUGGGAUGCUUUAUUUUUGUAAUAGGGUCAAUCUAUUCUUGUUUCAAAGAUGAUGCUUUAUCAGUGAAGUUAUUUAUUUUUGGAAGUACUGCUUUUCUUGUUGGAGCAUUGUGCUUUGUAUAUAGGCUAAGUUAUAGAGAAGUAAAAACCAUGGAUUGGAAAGUUAUAUUGGUAUAUGUAGUAAAUAUAUUAGGAUCAAUAUUAUUUACUAUUGCGAGCUUUUUAUAUUUUUACCCUCAGUUUUACAUUUACGCAUGUUAUUUGUAUAUUGAAGGCAGUAUAUUAUUUACUUUGGGUACAUGGUUUGAUUAUAUUAUUUAUAUAAAUAGCAAUAUCAUUUUACCCAAUUAA